AUGACAUCGACGGACACUUUCAAAACCUCUAAUCGACCUACCAGCCUCAGCACUACUGUCAGCACCUUCGGUCAGCGCCCCUACGGACUCGACGGCACAAGUCGUCAUUUCUCCGAAACCUACGAUACUUCGACCAUGCCGCGGUUUCCAGAAUCCAUUAUCCUGGGGGGACAGAGCCGUGAGUUGCCCGUGCUGAGCUUUGAGAGCGAGCACUUUGGCCACAACCGACCACAAACACCGGAUGCUACUUUGGUGGGGCAACCACAAAUCUGCGGAACAGCAGCGCUUGAUCCUGUUCCCUUCAAUUCUGAACGGCAAACACUCCCGAGGUCGGUGGAGGCCUUAACAAUUGACCGGCGGGCUCUACGUUAA